AUGAAAAAGACAAUAACAUAUCUUUGGCAAACAAUAUCUGACCUAAUAUUGAAACAUCAAUCAAUAAAAGGCUACACGACUGCCAAAUUCCUUCUAGUGUGUGAACGUCUGUGCUGCUCUAUCCGAACGUGUACUAUCAAUGAAUUUAAUUGCCGUAUUCAUUGCUUGGAUCUGUUUGAUUCACGCAUCCCAAGCCACUAAAUGUCAGGAAGACUUCGUUCCGAAUUUGUCUAAUCCCUUCAGCAGUUUCCUAAAACAAAGACAAUGUGAUUGUCUCAAUUUGGCUUACAUCGACAGACCCACGGAUAUCAGACAAUGCAAUUCAAAAACUAGAUAUGUGAAUCAAGUUAAUCAAAAUUUUAACACAGUUCGCAUUAACUUGUCUGUCCCAAAUAAGAAUAAGAAAUGUGAUUUUUCGAAGUAUCAUAUCCAUGUAAACGAAAUGCAUGCGAGGACAUUGGCAGUCGUGGACGCAUAUUUCUCGUGCACUGAAAAUAAUUGUACAUCGACGAUCAUGACAGCGUACAGUAAAUUUGCUGAAUACCGAUCCAAGGUUUUCAAUGUCUAUACAAAAUGCUCAUUCACAACGUAUACGCCAGACUGUGCUCAAAUAUUGAUUCAAGCACGACCGCCUGUAUAUGCUAGUGCAGAAAAUGUUUUGGUUGGUUUGUUGGCGUGUUCGCAAUUGAAAGCGGAUGCACUACUGAUAGAGGGAAGUGACCACACUCAGUACAAGUUUAGUGCUUCUGAUCUAUUUGAUAUUGUCUGGACGGGUGCUCGUGAUUGCAAUUGCAUUAAAAUUGACAAAAGACCAAUCCCGCAAGACGAAACCGAAUGCUAUUCGAACGGAUUCAUUUCUAAUCUCCGCAACUUUGUACUGGUCAAUGUUAAUAGAGUCCAAGCCGCGUACACUAGCAACAAACGUUCUCAUCCAGAAUGUACGUACGAUACACUAGAGAAAGAGAUAAGAGAUUUAAAGGAAUUCGCAUUGGAACUACCCGAUCUCUUGCAAGAGGACAGUCCAAAGUUUGUCGACAUCGACGAAUAUAUUCAGCGAUACAUUGCUUUGUUGAUCCCUUAUGGACCGGAUGUUCGUAACUAUAUUUUAGACAAUAGUAAAACUUGCUACUUUCCCGUGAGACAGUCACGAAUUACUCUGUUGUCUAUUAUCGAUGCCGUUAUUGGAGUCGUAACUAAGUGUGUAGGAUAUCGCGAUAGAUUGGACCAGAGAUGUUGAAAGAGAAAAUAAAUGCGAACUGCAAAAG